AUGGCUUUCUCUCUCAAAAUUGAUGGCCUUUUGGGCAUGCUUACCAUUCGGCUUAACGAUGACAACUUCUUGAAGUGGAGUUAUCAACUGGAGUCGGUACUCCAGGGCUACGAUCUGUUCGGCCACUUCGAUGGUUCUUUUGUUGCUCCUCCAAAAUUCGCCAUUGUUGGUGAAGAAGGUACUACUUCUGAGGUUACUACGGCCUAUAAAGACUGGAUUCGCACAGACAAGGCACUCUUGAGUCUUCUCAUUGCAUCUUUGUCAGAUGAAGCACUUGAGUAUGUCAUCGGGAGUCAAACAGCUAGAGAGGCUUGGCUUCAUCUUUGUGAUCGCUAUGCCUCUGUUUCUCGAGCAAGAAUUAAUCAUCUGAAAACAGAACUACAGACUGCUCAAAAAGGUGGAGACUCCAUUGAGCGAUUCUUGCUUCGUCUUAAACACAUUCGUGACCAAUUGCGUGCGGCUGAUGUGCGAAUUUCCGAUGAUGAUUUUGUUAUUGCUGCGUUGAAUGGUUUACCACCAGAGUAUGCCAUAAUCAAGACUGUAUUGAUUGCUCGUGAUUCUCCAAUCACUCUUAAGGAUUUUCGCUCUCAACUCCUAGCUGCAGAGCAAACUGCUGAGGCUCGUAUUGUUCAUCACUCAGGUCUGUAUGCUGUGAAUUCAUCUUCUAGUGUUCAAUCCUCUUCUGUUGCUUCUGGUCAAGGCUUAUUGCCAGGUUGA